CCUCUUCUGCUCCUCCUCUUCGGCUGCUGCCCGCGGCUCGGUGUCCAGAGCUCCCCACCGAGGCCCUCCACACAGCCCCUUGCCCCCGGCUGUUCCGUCUUCUCUUUGCCCCCGCCCCCCUUCCAGCACUUUACGUAUUGUCGCUCCUGGCCCCACAUCCAGCUGGAAAUCCUAGGGACGACCCGGCCUGCGCCCAGGCCCCUCUGCGUGUCUCUCUGGGUCUGGGGCUGCCCAGUUCCUUCUCAGCUCCCAGGGUCGCUUGGCUCUCCUAGAUCUCUAAGGGUGGGGAGUUCUCUGAGCCGCGGCGAUUCUUCAGCUUCUGGCCUUGGCCUUGGGCACCUGGGGCUCUAGGCUGGGGCCUCUCUGCUCCCGUGGCCACCUCCCCACUUGGGGACUCCGACCCUUCUAACCGCAGAGGUGCCCGUCAGGCCCCCAGCAGGGUCUGCUGCAUGUGAUGAAAAUAUCUACUCUCAGGGAAAGCACAGCCAUGGCUUCCCCACCGCCCCAGGAGAUGGAGGAGGAGCUGGUGCCUGUGGGCUCUGAGCCAGGUGACCCUCGGGCCAAGCCCCCUGUCAAGCCCAAGCCCCGGGCUCUGCCCAGCAAGCCAGCUCUGCCUGCCAAGCCCAGCCUUCUGGUGCCUGUUGGGCCUCGGCCUCCUCGGGGUCCCCUGGCUGAGCUACCUUCUGCCAGAAAGAUGAACAUGCUGGCUGGACCCCAGCCCUAUGGUGGCAGCAAGCGUCCCCUCCCAUUUGCACCAAGACUUACAGCUGAGGCAUCUGCUGGAGAAAUUACCCAGGAGUCUGGGAAAGAGGAGGGUGGGAAAGAAGAUCUGCCCCCUUUAACACCCCCAGCUCGAUGUGCCGCCCCAGGAGGUGUGAGGAAGGCCCCUGCCCCCUUCCGUCCAUCUUCUGAGCGGUUUGCAGCUAGUACUGUGGAAGAGAUCUUGGCCAAGAUGGAACAGCCUCGGAAGGAGGUUCCUGCCAGCCCUGACCGCCUCUGGGGAUCCCGCCUCACCUUUAACCAUGAUGGAAGUUCUCGAUAUGGCCCCAGGACUUAUGGUGUGGUCACUGGCUCCAGACAGGAGGAUGAUAAGACCCCCACCAGGGCAUGGUCCCAGGAGGGGCCGGCAAAGUCUCCAGCAGAGUGCCAGGAAGAACAUAGCCAGAUCCCUGAAGAGAGGAGCAACACUUCCAGCCUGGCUGUGAAUGGGGACCUGGCCAAACUGGCUAGGUCAGAGCCAUCUACAGAGGUUUCCAAGUCCUGGGUAGCCUCAAGUCCAGGCCCCAUUUCAGAGCAUGGAGGCUCCAGCAGCCCAAUCCUUCCAGCCCCCGGGUCUCCCCAUCCUUCAAGCCAUCCGAGUUCUCCCCAACGCUCUCACUUUUCAGAAGUGCAGAGUCCUGCAGCUCCUGAUGCCUCUCUCUGCUGCCCUGUGACUAUAGCCUCUCCCAGUGCAGCUUUGCCUGAUGAGGGCCCCUGCCAUCCCCCUAGCCCAGACCUACCUAGUGAAGUCACCCCAGAGACACCCAGAUCCAACAGCCCUCCUGUGGAGACAGUCCACAGCCACCAUAGCCCAGAGCAGCCCCCACCCAUCUCGCCCCAGCCCCUGAUUGAGGGAGGUGACCUGCUGCAUCUCACACGGACGUUCCCAUGUGGGGAGGAGGCAGUAGCCAAGGGUCACUCAGACCCCUGUCCCAGCAGCCUGACUCAGCGCCGAUUCUCAGAAGGGGUGCUUCGACCACCCAGCCAGGACCAAGAGAAGUUUGGGGGCUCACUGGCUGCCCUGCCCCAAGCCCAGGGGAGCCAGUCAGCUCUGGAUCGUCCCUUUGGGAGUGGGACAGAGUCUAACUGGAGUUUGUCACAGUCAUUUGAGUGGACCUUCCCCACUCGGCCCUCGGGUCUGGGUGUGUGGCGGCUGGAUUCCCCACCCCCGUCUCCCAUUACAGAAGCCAGUGAGGCCGCUGAGGCUGCUGAGGCUGGCAACUGGGCUGUGUCUGGCAGGGAGGAAGGAGUAUCCCAGCAGAGAUCAGGGGCCCCAUCAGCUCCAGAGAGCCCAGGAAGACAUAUUUCUGGAGGUCAGUGGGACGAUCCAGGGAUCUCCCCACCCCCAAGGGAUGAUGGAGAGAGUCAGCUUCAGUCCCCAGCUGUCCCUCUCUCUGCAGUUGAGGGCCCAUCUGGAACACCCUUACUGCAGGCGGAGGAGAGAUAUGAGGACCAGGGGCCACUGGCUGGGCAGGAGACUCCCCUCCCUUUGGCCACCAGGGAGGCAGCUCUACCUGUGCUGGAGCCCAUCCUGGGGCAGCAGCAGCCAACACCCCCUGACCAACCCUGCGUCCUUUUUGCUGAUGCCCCUGACCCUGGUCAGGCAUUGCCUGCUGAGGAGGAGACGGUGACCUUAGCCUGGGCAGAGACCACCCAGCCCAGGACAGAAGCUCACGACUCCUGUAGAGCCUCCCCUGAGCCUACGGGCCCAGAUACCAAUUCUCGCUGGCUGGAUGAUCUCCUGGCAUCACCACCGCCCAGCUCUGGCAGUACAAGGCGGGGAGCUUCAUCUGAGCUGAAGGAUGCACAGUCCCCAAGCACCUGCCCUGAGGGACUCCUUGGCUGGGCCCAGAAAGAUCUGCAGAGUGAAUUUGGGGUGGCAGCAGACCCACAUGCUGGCAGUUUCAGGUCUGCCAGCUGGUCUCAAGAUGCUUCUCAGAACUACAGCCUUGGGGGCAAGAGCCCUGGUGGAGACCCAGGCCCUGGGGAAAGGGACUGGGGCAGCAAAUAUGUGCAAGGAGCUGGGGAAGGGAGCAGUAGGGAUUGGGCCAGCAGGUGCAGCCUUGGCCAAGAGGUGAGAGACGUCAGCAGCAGCCAGAACGGGAGUGAAGUGUCUGUCCACGAAUGGGCAGUGGGAAAGCCAGCUCAGUUUGGCACUCAGAGCCCUGAGACCAAUGCACAGGAAUGGGAAUUCAGGAAGAGGGAUUCCCAAGGCACUUACUCCAGUCGGGACAAAGAGCUUCAGGACCAGGAAUUUGGGAAGCGAGAUUCCCUGGGUUCUUAUGGCAGCCGAGAAGCAAGCCUUCAGGACUGGGAGUUUGGCAAGAGAGAUUCUCUGAGUGCUUACACUAACCAGGAUGCAGGUGAGCAGGGUCAAGAACUGGGCAUGAAGGGCCACCCGGGCAGCUAUAGCAGCCGGGAUGCAGAGGAACAAGACCGGGAGUUUGAGAAGAGAAAUUCUUUACUUGACAUCUGUGGCACCCAGGCCACAGCCCAGCAGGACCAGGAGUUUGGGAAGAGUGCUUGGUUACAGGAUUACAGCACCAGUGGCUCCAGGGCCCUAAACUCACGGAACAGAGGAUUUGGGACCCGAGCCCUGAACUCCGGGUUCAGCCCCGAGGAAGCACAGCAGCAGGAUGAGGAGUUUGAGAAGAAGACUCCAAGUGGUGAAGACAGCCUGCAUGAGACCAGCAGGGGUGCAGGCCAGCCAGAGGUGGGAGAAUCGGGGGACCUGUUGAGCCCUAGCACCUCCAAGUUGCAAGAUGGGGCAAUCAGGCAGAGAGACCAGGGCAACUGGCAAGACGGUGACUCCAGCCAGGAGAUCACAGGGCUGCAGGGGAGAACACAGGCAGGAGGUCAGAGCCCUGACACCACUGAGCUGGAAGACAAAGAGACAGGGCAGCGAGGCUGGCCUGGGGAGUUCAGCCUCGGUGUCACAGCCCAAUCAGAGGGAGCAUUUAGCUCAAGGCAGCCAGACUGGAGCAGGGACUUGUGCAUGGAGGCCACUGAGGGUAGCUAUCAGUUUGGCAUCAUCGGCAACGAUAGAUCGAGCGGUGCUGGCGCAAGUCCUUCCAGGAAGAUGGGAGGUGGCCACUUCGUGUCUCCUGGCGAAAGCAGGGCUGGGGCUGUGGACUGGACUGACCAGCUGGGUCUCAGGAACUUGGAAGUGUCCAGCUGUGUGGGUUCUGGAGGUUCGAGUGAAGCCAGAGAGAAUGCAGUGGGACAGAUGGGCUGGUCAGACAGCCUGGACCUCACCCACUGUUUGGGGACUGGAGGGUCUGAAGAGCCCAGGGGGAUGGGUGUUGGGGAGAAGGAUUGGAUUUCUGAUGUUGGGGUGAAGAACAGAGAUUUGCCUGGGUUGGGAGAAGUAGGAGGCUAUAGCCAGCCCAGAGAGAGUGGCGUAGGGGAGCCUGACUGGUCAGGUGUGGAGGCUGGAGAGUUCCUUAAGUCAAGAGAGCGUGGAGUCGGACAGGCAGAUUGGACACCUGAUCUUGGGCUGAGAAACAUGGCCCCGGGUGCAGGCUGCAGCCCUGGAGAGCCCAGGGAGCUUGGGGUGGGUCAAGUAGACUGGAGUGACAAUCUAGGUCUGAGUAAUCUGGAGGUGCCCUGUGACCUAGAGUCUGGGAGUUCUCGGGGCUGUGGAGUGGGGCAAAUGGCCUGGGCUCAGGACUUGGGACUCCGGAACACAGAACUCUCUGGGCCCUUGAGUGAAGUUAGGGAGCAUGGGGUGGGGAAGGUGGGCCCUGAGCUAGAGCUAGACUUCAGGAAUACUGGAAGCUUGUCCCCUGGUUUGGAGACCAGGGAGCUGGGAGUCGGUGAAACAAGUGGACCAGAAACCCGGGGUGAAGAUGGCUCUUCACCUUCUCUUGAGACCCGCCCUGAAGACCCUGGAAUGGAGACAGAAGCCCCCGGCUUGAGAGCCAGUCCCAGCAGGUGUCUGGCCCGCUCCCCACCUUCUGGUUCCCAGAGCCUCUUGGAGGGGAUGCUGGCAGCCAGCAACUCUAAGGCAGCUACUCGAAUGGACUCGGCAGCUUCGGGCCUCAGGGUCCUGUUGGAGGAGGAAGGAGCCACAGCAGGAGCUGGCCAAGGGGAACCCCAGGAGCCUAGCAGGGACCUUCUGCCUUCCUCAAGGCCUCAGCCUGAUGGUGAAGCCAGCCGGACAGAAGGGAUGGAUGGCACCUGGGGCCUUACACGGGCUAGGCAAGGCGACCAGGAGCCGGCCCCAACCCCCCGACGGCCUCUUCAAGGACCUCUGUCCAGCUACCCCAGUGAGGACUUCUCCUUCAUGGAGGACACUGAGAUCCUCGAUAGUGCCAUGUAUCGGAGCCGUGCCAACCUAGGACGUAAGCGUGGGCACCGGGCCCCAGCCAUCCGGCCUGGGGGCACUCUGGGCCUGUCAGAGUCAGCAGACUCAGAUGCUCGACUGUUCCAAGAUUCAACAGAGCCACGGGCUUCUCGUGUGCCAUCCUCAGAUGAAGAGGUAGUGGAGGAGCCUCAGAGCCGCCGGACGCGGAUGUCCUUGGGCACCAAAGGGCUGAAAGUCAACCUCUUUCCUGGCCUGAGCCCAUCAGCCCUGAAGGCCAAGCUUCGCUCCCGGAACCGCUCAGCUGAGGAGGGGGAGGCAACAGAGAACAAAUCAAGCCAGAAGGAGUCCUCAGUCCAGCGUUCCAAGUCCUGCAAGGUCCCAGGGCUGGGAAAGCCCCUCGCGUUACCUCCCAAGCCAGAGAAAUCCUCAGGGUCAGAAGGCUCAUCGCCCAACUGGCUACAAGCCCUGAAGCUCAAGAAGAAGAAGGUCUGAGAAGGGGCCAAGGACCUUCCCAUCCGCAGUCUCAGGCAGUGCCAUUCCUGUGGGGUCCCUGAACGAGGAGACAGCCAGCCCCACUAAGGUUGAGGCUGCAGCCUCCUUCCCCUCCACCUCUGACGAGCUCUGGGAGGCACAUUUAUGCACUUUGUAUCACCUUCCCAACUUCUCCCACACCUUCUGUCCCAGCCUGGAUUCCCUCACUGAUAAUGGUGGGAGGUUUGGGUCCUUCCCUUGCUCUCUUCCCUUCUCCCUCGCUGCUUUCUUCAACCUCCCUUGGGUUUUCUUUUGAUACCAAUUUAUAGCAUUUUUUAUAAAAGCCUUUGAUUUUUGUAAUGGGUGGAACCCCACCCCAAGUCCCACCCCAGAUCUCCCUCUGUCCCUCUAGGAGCCCCACAGAGACCAAUGACAUUUUACCACUUGAAGCAAUGAAUAAAGUUUUUUGGGAAUUGGUGCUGUA